GCCCUCUGCCCCCACUCUCCGCCCCAACCGCCAUUGCCUCGUGCCCGCGUCGGUUGGUGGCGCCUUUGUCCUACGGCGGGCAGGUGGGCUGAGGCGGAGGCGGCGGCGGCGGCGGCGGCGGGCCUGAGGCCGAGGAGCAUCGAGGAGCCCGCCGUGCUGGUAGCGAUAUUAAUAAGGCAGCGGAAAGAAGAAAAAUGAAUACGGCUCCAUCAAGACCCAGCCCCACACGAAGAGAUCCAUAUGGCUUUGGAGACAGUCGAGAUUCAAGACGUGAUCGAUCCCCAAUUCGAGGAAGUCCAAGAAGAGAGCCCAGGGAUGGGAGAAAUGGCCGUGACACCCGCGAUAGCAGAGACAUGCGAGACCCCCGAGACUUACGGGACCACAGAGAUAGAGACGUUCGGGAUCACAGAGACAGAAGUAUGCGUGAUGCUCGGGACAUGAGGGAUUUUAGAGACUUCCGUGAUCUAAGAGACUCUAGGGAUUUUCGAGAUCAUCGAGACCCCAUGUAUGAUAGAUACAGAGACAUGAGAGACUCCCGAGAUCCCAUGUACAGGUACAGGAGAGAAAGCUCUUAUGACCGAUACCUGCGAAUGGAUGACUAUGGCAGGAGAAAGGAUGACUCUUACUUUGACCGUUAUAGGGAUAGCUUUGAUGGAAGAGGCCCUCCAGGCCCAGAAAGUCAGUCUCGUGCAAAAGAGCGUUUGAAACGUGAAGAACGGCGUAGAGAAGAGCUUUAUCGUCAAUAUUUUGAAGAAAUCCAGAGACGCUUUGAUGCUGAAAGGCCUGUUGAUUGUUCUGUAAUUGUGGUCAACAAGCAGACUAAAGAUUAUGCUGAAUCUGUGGGGCGGAAGGUACGAGACCUAGGCAUGGUAGUGGAUUUGAUCUUCCUCAACACAGAGGUUUCGCUGUCACAAGCCCUGGAGGAUGUUAGCAGGGGAGGGUCUCCUUUUGCUAUUAUCAUCACCCAGCAACACCAGAUUCACCGCUCAUGUACAGUCAACAUCAUGUUUGGAACCCCACAAGAGCACCGCAACAUGCCCCAGGCAGACGCCAUGGUGCUGGUGGCCAGAAAUUAUGAGCGCUACAAGAGUGAGUGCCGGGAAAAGGAACGCGAGGAGAUUGCCAGACAGGCGGCCAAGAUGGCCAAUGAAGCCAUUCUGCAGGAAAGAGAGAGAGGAGGCCCCGAUGAAGGAGUACGCGGGGGCCAUCCUCCAGCCAUCCAAAGCCUCAUCAACCUGCUGGCAGACAACAGGUACCUCACUGCCGAAGAGACUGACAAGAUCAUCAACUACCUGCGAGAGAGGAAGGAGCGGCUGAUGAGGAGCAGCACCGACUCUCUGCCUGGCCCGAUUUCCCGCCAACCACUCGGGGCGACCUCGGGUGCCUCGCUGAAGACACAGCCAAGCUCCCAACCGCUCCAGAGCAGCCAAGUGCUCCCCUCUGCUACACCCACUCCAGCUGUGCCCUCCACCUCCCAGCAAGAGCUUCAGGCCAAAAUCCUCAGCCUCUUCAAUAGUGGCACGGUUGUGGCCAAUAGCUCUGCAUCUCCCUCAGUCGCUGCCGGAAACACCCAGAACCAGAAUUUUUCCACACCUGUAAACAGCCAGCCUCAGCAAAGAUCACAGGCCUCUGGCAAUCCGCCUCCAAACAUUUUGGGACAGCCACCAUCUGCUCGGAACAUGGGCCCCAGGCCUGGGGCUCCUUCCCAGGGGCUCUUUGGCCAGCCUUCCAGUCGCCUGGCACCUGCCAGCAACAUAGCUAGCCAGAGGCCGGUGUCUUCCACAGGUAUCAACUUUGACAAUCCGAGUGUACAGAAGGCUCUGGACACCCUGAUCCAGAGUGGCUCCGCUCUCUCCCACCUGGUUAGCCAAACCACAGCACAGGUGGGGCAGCCCCAGGCGCCCAUGGGAUCUUACCAGAGGCAUUACUGAGGCUCAAUCUCAACUGUUCCCGGCUCCCUCAUCCCUGGCCGCCUCCCAUCUAUUGUGUUCUAAGUAGUUAUUUGGAGGAUGUUCUUUGCGCCUAUCCAGGUCACAUCAAAUGUCCUAAGUUUCUACCACCUGCUCUCUCUUCUGCCCAAGGCUGUGUUGCUUAUUCCUUCCAGAGUCAGAGUUUAUAUUGCAUUUGGGGUUGUGUAUUUUUUUGUUGUUUUUGUUUUUUUUGUAGAAAAUAAAUAUUUCUGGGGUCACUUGGGUGGCAGUAUGGGUGUCUGGGCUCAGUUGAUAUUUUAUGGGUUUCUCUGGUCUCUGUCACCUGGAUUUGGGGGGUGGAGAAGAAAAAGCCAAGCCCCAACUGGUUGAGUUUGGAAUAGCAUUUUCAUGUCAAUAGCCUUUGUUUUCCAGCCUCAGAGGCCAGUCAGAGCUCCAGUUCCUAUCUGCAGCUCCUGCCCAGAGUUGCAUAGCAGACUAGGCUCAGCAGGUGUCAUUGUGCCCACCCCUGUGUUGGGUCUGCUCAAGGAUGUAUAAUUUGGCUACUCUGGAGUUUAGGAGUGUCCAUGGCAGCCACACAGACAAGAUACUCUUCUGCCUGACACAGUAUUGUUGGUUUGGGGUUUUCUUGUUUUUCUCUUCUUUUGCUCUCAUUUCAUUGGAGGAUCUCCAGUAGACUGAACAAUUCCAGUCACCAGCAGUUUUAACAUAAACUGUGAAUCUGGGCCCCAACCAUUUUUACCCCCUUAACAUUUCCAUCAGCCUCUCCUUCUCCAGUGGUAGUUUGAUGGAAUCCAUUCUGAGAAGGCAACUCUAGACUCUGGCAUUGAACACCCAUUUUUUCAGUGACUGUUUGAGUUUUGGGCUUAAAAAUCAACCUCUUGUUUUCUGAGUAGCAGGAGGGAGGGAUCAUUUUGAUGUCAGACUUUGGGUAGCUGGACAUGUUCUUGAUACAGGUGGCUGUUCCUAACUUUUGAGCCAGAAUGAAAUUAUUAGAGGGAGGACUUCUGGCCGCUGCUCUGGAAGGAGCCACAGGAGGCUGCCCUCUCCCUUGGGUUGGAGCUCGUUAGAGCCCCGUGGAUCUUAGUCUCAAGGGGCCUCUGGCAGGGACGAGGGAGAACGUGACUUCAGCUGAGUCCCUGCCAGUGGCUAAGCAAACAAUGGUUUAAAAGACUCAAGGUCCCCAGAUGGCAGCAUUUUAUGUUCUGAUCUGUUUGUGUUCUAUAGUGUUUUUCCCUCUUUGGAACUUGUGUUGUCGAUAAGAUGAUUACUUUUUAAUUAAAAUGAAAAAGGAAA